AUGAUCGAUGGGGUUUUAGUGGCGAAUGAAUUGGUUGACUAUGCUUCUAAGGAAGGGAAGGAAUGCCUUCUUUUUAAGGUAGAUUUCGAGAAAGCUUAUGAUAAAGUUAAUUGGAAUUUCCUUAGAUUCAUGAUGAGGAAAUUAGGGUUUAGAGAUAUUUGGAUGAAAUGGAUGGAGGCUUUAAUUUUUACGAGUACAAUGUCGGUGUUAGUGAACGGUAGUCCUACUAAGAAAUUCGAGGUGGGAAGGGGAUUGAGCCAAGGGGAUCCUAUUUCUCCGUUUCUUUUUGUUAUAGUGCCGGAAGGUUUAAAGCUUUUGGUGAAUAAGACGGUUAGCAACGGUGACUCGGGUUGUAACGUCAAUGGUAGGUGUUUUGUGGAUGUCCUUCAAUUUGCCGAUGAUACAUUGAUGGUAGGGGACGGAACUUGUAGGAAGGAUUCAAAGGAAUUUCUUUUUCUUGAGAUUCUAGUUGGAUAUAAUCCUAGAAGGGUUCAUACUUGGGGACCUAUGGUGGACAUGAUUAGGAAUAGGUUGUCUACUUGGAAGAGCCGUUGGUUAAGUUUCAGAGGGAGGAUUACGCUUAUAAAAUCGGUAUUGAGUAGUUUGGUCAUUUUUACUCUAUCCUUUUACAAAGCACCGUUGAAGGGCCGAUACAGAGAUGUUAAUCUUUGUGCCACAAAUGGAAGAGGUAACUUGAAGUUUCUUAAGACUAAAUUGAUUUGGUGGUCGGAUUUAUCUUCUCUGGAGUCCAAGCUUCCGGAGGAGGAUGUAUCAAUUGCUAGCAUGGGAGGAUGGAGGAAUGGCCAAUGGUUUUAG